CCCUGAGUAGUGAAAAAAAAAUUUUUUUAAACCCCAUCUAUUAGUUAUAUCUGCCACUCCCAUGCCAUUUCUUCUUUUUGAUAUUUGCUUGUGCAGUAAAAGAGACUUUGCUUAAAUCCUGCACACUAGAGUGCAUGUACCUCUGUAUUUGUGAUGGCCAGAUAGGCCCACCAGCCAAGUAUGUUCACAAAGGGAGCCCGAGGACAUCCAUAGACCAGAAAAAGGGCACCCUGAGGGACACCACCCCUUGAGCAAAGGAGAGACCAAGUCCCAAACUGCAGCUACAGGGAACAUCAGCCAGCCUCUGCCAUCCCACUCUGCCCUUCCCUGUGCUAGAAAAGGGGGCUUAUGAACAGACUAGCUAGGGGUCAGGGGGCGUCUCUGCAGGAUCCCGGCAGCAUGCCUCUGACUCACCCAGGAGCUCGAGCAUCAUCACUGCUUAGUGUCCACCCUGCUAGCGACAGACACCAAUGCCCAGCCUCUGAGUCAGCCCACGUCUGGAGACCAGCUAGCCACUUGGUACUACGUCUGUCCCUCCCACGCCAGGAAAGGAUGUGCGCAAUGACAUUUGGCGCUUGGACAUCUUCAGGAUCUGGUAAGAGUCCUCGUCUGCACAUCACUCCUCAAGCCCUAGAAAGGGAAAGGACGUCCGCUCAUCCAGCCUAUUUCUCCCUGCAGGUGAUCUCCGCGCGCAGAGCCUUCCGCGUCUCUCCGCCGCUCACCACCGGGCCGCCGGAGUUCGAACGCGUCUACCGAGCCCAGGUGAACUGCAGCGAGUACUUCCCGCUGUUCCUGGCCACGCUCUGGGUCGCCGGCAUCUUCUUUCACGAAGGUACAGCGGCCCUGUGCGGCUUGGUCUACCUUUUCGCGCGCCUCCGCUACUUUCAGGGCUACGCGCGCUCGGCGCAGCAAAGGUUGACCCCGUUGUACGCGAGCGCGCGCGCGCUCUGGCUGCUCGUGGCGCUCGCGGCGCUCGGCCUGCUCGUCCACUUUCUCCCCCGCGCGCUGCGCGCCGCGCUCCUGGGACGGCUCGGGAAGCUGCUGCCCAGGGCCUGAGAUGGAGGACGCCUGGUCAGCGGAACCGGAGAAGGGCCGGAGCUUCCGGGAGGACAGGGGAGGGGUGCUCGCCCCAUCUCAGUCUCCAAUUAAAGUGUCGAUGGCUGGA